AUCUGUGGUCUCUUUUGUAAUAUGCCGCAUUAUAUAAAAUAGGCAGUGGAACUGUAAAACAGCGCUUACCAAAACUACAGUAGUUCUUAGCUGAACGAUUUUUGACGUUUAAUUGAAUGACGGCGGUGCCGGGGCGCGUCUCCGCGCUGGUGGAGCGCGCGAUGCGGAUGCGGCGUGAGGAGCAGGCGCGCAGGGUUGUGCUGGCGUGGGCUGUGCUAAACUUCUCCCUGGCCGGCAUGAUCUACACGGAGAUGACGGGCAAACUGCUGAGGCGGUACUUUAACAUCUCCUACUGGCCUCUGUGGUACAUUGAGCUUGCCUUGGCCUCCCUCUUCAGUCUAAAUGCCCUGUUUGACUUCUGGAAGUACUUCAAGUACACCGUGGCCCCCUCCACCAUUGCAGUCACUCCUGAGCAACACAGACUCUUGGGGCUCAGGAAUUCCGCUGCUCAGGUGUCUCCUCCCCUGAACCCAGAGAGGAAAGAAGCUCCAGCCCCAACUCAGUCAUCACCUCUCCAGGGGCAGAGUGUACUCAGUUUCAGCCCCUCCCGAUCCCCCAGCACCAGUCCCAAGUUCUCCCCCAGCUGCAUGCCAGGCUAUACGUCACCCCUUCAGAACUCCUCACCACCGGGUAGUGGGGGCUCCUAUUCCCCCUUUGCCUACUCCACCAGUGGGAGCUUCAGCAAGAUGUUGAACUACAGCCCCUCCCCUGGUUCCUCCCCCUACCCAAGUAGCAUCGGCCCUGCGGAGGGCACUAGCCUCCGAGCUCGCUAUCGCACUUCCCCAUCUGUCUUUAAUUCCCCUGGUGGGAAGGAGGACUACAUGGAGGAUCUCAGGGAUCUGGAAAGGUUCCUCCGCUCUGAGGAGGAGAAGAGUCACCGCAGUCAGCUGGGAAGUCCAGAGUCCAUCUCCCCCUCCCACAGUCCCACAUUCUGGAACUACAACCGCUCCAUGGGCGAUUAUGCCCAGAGCCUGAGGAAGUUCCAGUAUCAGCCAGCCUGCCGCUCCCAGGCCCCCUCUGCACACAAGGAUGAGACAGACUUGGGCUCUAAGCAGGCUGCUGAAGAGGUCUGGGCUCGAAUCACAACUAGCCGGCCUGUGGUGGAUUGUAUAGACAGCUGGACAGCAAAGCUGAGGAAUUGGCUCAGUGACACUAUCCUUGUGCCCCUUGUGAAAGAGAUUGACUCGGUGAAUAUGCAGCUCCGCAGAAUGGGAUGCCCUGAGCUGCAGACUGGAGAGGCCAGUAUAAGCAGUCUCAAGCAGGCAGCUGUGGUCAAAGCCUCCUCAAUUCCCACUCUGAACACUAUCGUGCAGUACCUGGAUAUCACUCCAAAUCAAGAAUACCUGGUGGAGCGGAUUAAAGAGCUGGCACAUGGUGGCUGCAUGAGUUCAUUCCGCUGGAAUGGGGGAGGGAACCUAAAAGGCAGGAAGUGGGACACAGACCUCCCAACAGAUUCAGCAAUCCUCAUGCAUGUGUUCUGCACAUACCUGGACUCCCGUCUGCCUCCGCACCCCAAAUAUCCAGAUGGCAAGACUUUCACCUCCCAGCACUUCACUCAGACCCCUGAAAAGCCAGACAUAUCAAAUGAGAACCUGCUCUGUAUCCACCAGAGUAGCAUCAAUCCACCACACUACCAACUGAUCUACCAAGGCCAUGUCUACAGCCUUCCGAAGGGCAGAAACAAUCUAUUCCACACCAUUCUUAUGUUUCUCUUCGUCAUCAAGACCAAGGAGUCUGGCAUGCUGGGGCGAGUCAAUCUGGGCCUGUCUGGAGUAAACAUCUUGUGGAUAUUUGGAAACUAAUAUUCAAGUCUCUGUGUAUAUAAGAUUUGAGUUUCCUGCAGUUGUUACAGAAUCUCCUGGCCAUGGGGUCAGGCUUUUGUAUUGAUGUCAGGAUUGUGCACAAUGCUCAGCAACAUGAGUAUUUUUUACCAUUUUAUUUCUUUUGUGCCAAAAACACUGUUUUCCAAAGAACAAGCAGAUAGUGUGUUUCUCAAAGUACUACAGUAAAGUGCAUGCAUAUUUCUUGAAGUACGUUUUUAUCAUUGACUACUGCAUUCUUGUAAAAAUGUGAAUACAUUUGAGUUUUUUAAAGCUAUUUUUUUUUAAGAAAGAAUAAGUUUGAAGAAAGCCAUGGACUGUAGUUCAUGUCUUUUACAGUUUACAGUAACGUGAGCAUUGUUGUGGUUUCCACUCCAGCUCCUGUCUAAAGAAGUACUGUUUUCACUGAGCUGAUUGGAAAAGGGGCUCAUUAGUCUAGAGAAGUACACAACGUUUUGCCAGAGAUUGUGUUCUGCAUUUUUAAUGGUGAAUUAAUGAAAUAAAAAUGAUUGG